AUGGCCGCUGCGGCGCUGCAGCGCCUGAAGGAGGCCGCUCUGGUGCUUGGGGGCGGCGGCCUGAUCUUCGCCGCGCACCUGGCCGCGAGGGGUGACGAGCGCUUCUACCGCCAGUGGCUGAUGCCGGGCCUGCAGCGCGUGGUGGGGCCCGAGACCGCCCACCGGCUGGCGGUGCGCCUGCUCGCCUUGGGCCUCGCGCCCCGGCCCGGCCCGGCCGACUCGGAGCUCUUGGAGGUGCGGGCUUUUGGGCGGCGAUUUCGGAACCCGCUGGGAUUGGCCGCUGGCUUUGACAAGCACGGGGAGGCCGUGGACGGGCUCUUCAAGAUGGGCUUCGGCUUUGUGGAGGUGGGGAGCGUCACGCCGGAGCCCCAGGAAGGCAACGCCAAGCCGCGGGUCUUCCGGCUGCCCGAGGACCAGGCCGUCAUCAACAGGUACGGCUUCAACAGCCAGGGCCACGCGGUGGUGGAGCGCAGACUCCGAGCCCGGCAAGCCACUCAGCGCCAGCUCAGCGAAGCGGGGAUGCCCCUUGGAAUAAAUCUGGGCAAGAACAAGUGUUCUGUGGAUGCAGCUGCUGACUACAUUGCAGGCGUUCGCGUUUUGGGUCCACUGGCUGAUUACGUGGUGGUGAAUGUUUCCAGCCCAAAUACACCAGGAUUGCGGGCUCUGCAGAGCAGAGCAGACUUGCACCUCCUACUUACAAAGGUUCUUGCUGAGCGGGAUUCUCUCCCAGGUAAGCACAAACCGGCUGUGCUGGUGAAGAUUGCACCAGACCUGACAAGCCAAGAGAAACGGGACAUUGCCAGGAUUGUGAGUGAGCUGGGCAUUGAUGGACUGGUGGUAACUAACACUACCGUGAACCGUCCUGAGACCCUUCGUGGGGCUUCUUGCAAUGAAGCAGGGGGGCUGAGUGGGGCUCCCUUACGACAGCUCUCCACCCAGAUGGUCAGCGACAUGUAUUCUCUCACCCAAGGCCGCAUACCAAUCAUUGGAGUGGGUGGAGUCUGCACUGGCCAAGAUGCCUUGGAGAAGAUACGGGCAGGUGCCUCCUUGGUCCAGAUGUACACAGCCCUCACGUACCAUGGGCCACCUGUGGUUGGUGCCAUAAAGCAGGAACUUGAGGCCCUUCUGAGGGAACAAGGAUUCCAGAGUGUUCAAGAUGCUGUGGGAGCGGAUCAUAGCCUCUGAGGAUUCCUGGCCCAGGAUUAGUGUAACAAAAGGGAUCCCGUGAACAUCCUGGACUCAGCAGAAAGAGAGGACAUGUGUCAUCCAAGAUCCACUUUCUACUUCCUGCCCUUCAUUAAUGAUUGGAGGGGGGGAUUUGGACCUUUCUUUUUUAAAAAAAAAAUGACAUGUAACAAGAGAGAAACAGGUGUUUGUUGGCAUACAUCCUCUCCUGGGGAAGUGUAAAAGCUAAAGAGCUUUCCUGAUGUCAUGAGACUGACGCAAGCACAAGAAGGUAGAAAUGUGUGACAAAGUCAGCAAGGAACAUAGUAUCAGUGUUCCCUUUGUUGAAUCUCAGUCUCUCUCACCCUAUAAGGUUGGGAGCCCUGUACAUUGAGUAGAGGAAACCUGUUUUGUUAUUUAGUUGUUUUGGAGAAGGCACACAGUAGUUUUGGCUUUUCAAAAAUAAAGCA